CUAAGUCAAGUUCGGAGUUCUGAGUCUGAUUGCGUUGGAAACAUCGAACAAACUUCGAAUCAGAAAAACCCCUCAUCCUCUUCUAUCUCUUUCUCCUCCAAUUUCAACAAAAUCCAACUACUCUAUUUUGAAGAAGAAACCCCCCUUUUUUCCUAUCAUGUCUCUCAAACCGUCCAAUUCGUCGGAGAAUCUAAUACUUCCGGUAUCCGAUCCUCCGAAGGACAUGGACGGAAGAGAGAAAGCCGACGAUAAAAUCUUCAAAGGUUCCGCCAUGACCAAACGAGGAGCCUACGCUGCCAUUUCUUACAUGUCCUGCGCAGAUAAAUACCAUUACAUAAUAAUAAUAUCUAUUUUUUGUUGUGUAGUUCUCUUGGUGAUGUUCAAUAAGGCAGCUCUUUCAUCUUAUAACUUCCCAUCUGCAAAUGUCAUCACACUUCUUCAGAUGGUAUGUUCAUGUUGUUUUCUCUAUGUAUUGAGGCGUUGGAGGAUAAUUUCUUUCACCACUGGUGAAUCUUUACAUAUAUCAGAUAACUCAACAAAGUUUGUAUCACUGAAGACCUUGAAGCACACUCUUCCUCUGUCAGGAGCAUAUUUACUUUACAUGCUAGUCACCAUGGAGUCUAUUCGUGGAGUAAAUGUUCCAAUGUACACUACUCUUAGGAGGACCACCGUGGUAUUUACAAUGCUUGUAGAGUUGGUUCUGGUGGGGCAGAGGUACACACACUCUGUCAUUUUCAGUGUUGGCUUGAUUGUCUUUGGUGCAUUUGUUGCUGGAGCACGGGACCUCUCUUUUGAUGCUUAUGGCUAUGCCAUUGUUUUCAUGGCAAACAUCACUACAGCAAUAUAUCUUGCAACCAUUGCCCGCAUUGGAAAAACUAGUGGUCUUAAUAGCUUUGGACUUAUGUGGUGCAAUGGUAUCAUAUGUGGGCCAGUUUUGCUUGUCUGGACAUUUAUUUGUGGUGACUUGAAGACAACAAUCAAUUUUCCUUAUCUCUUCUCUCCUGGUUUUAUUGUUAUUUUGCUUUUUUCCUGCGUGCUGGCAUUCUUCUUGAAUUACUGUAUUUUUCUGAAUACAACUCUAAAUUCAGCUGUGACACAGACAAUUUGUGGCAAUCUGAAGGAUCUGUUUACUAUUGGCCUUGGCUGGAUAAUUUUUGGUGGGCUACCAUUUGAUUUUUGGAAUGUAACUGGUCAAUUUCUCGGUUUUGCUGGCUCUGGUUUAUACGCCUACUAUAAGCUCGUUGGUAAAUAACUUGCUCAAGUCCUUUAUAUGAAGUUUUUUCCAAUUAGGGAAAACCAUUUGCUUCAGUCAACUGGUCAUCACUGUAUCCCUUUAAAAGGGAGAAGAAUUUGAAUCAAACUCAGAUCUAUGGAAGUUGUGAUCGACUGAUCUAUAUAUUUAGGAAGUUUUGCUGAGUGACAAGUUGACAUACAAACAUUUUCUGGAGAAUCAGACUAGACCUGUUGUCAUGGCUCUAGUGUAUUCAAACCUUUGUUGAUUUAGUAGUUUGUUCACCCAUUGCAUUUGAUGAAUCUUGUGCAGCCCUCUCGUUGUAACUAUUAAGGAGCACUGUAUUUUUAUAGCAAAUCCAUAGUGGAGAGAGAAAUUUUUGGAGAUUAAA